AUGACGCCUGAGCAUGGAUCAACUUCGUCCCAAGGACAUCUGAUGAAGCUUCCUGUAUCAGAUCCUUAUGAUCCGCGCCAUGAACAGUAUGGGAACUCGACAGGUUGGGGCGGUUGUGCUCAACCUUCCAUGCCGUCUUCAACUUCACCACUGGCCAGACGUAUGGCGGAUCUCACCUUAUUCCUCUGCCCUUGUUGCGGCUGGGAUUCAAGACAGUCGGAUGGCUAUCAACAACUGCCGACUGCUGCGCCUGUGGUUUCUGGUCCAGACGCUCCAUAUGUAGCAGAAAAGCAGCCAUCCAUGACAAUGCCAUCCUCUGAGGCGUAUGACAACACAACUCUGACUACAGGGCAACAACCAAGCUAUCACUAUCAACAGCCCGAACUGAAUGUCGCACCUCUUGUUAGCUUCCCUCUUAUUCCUGACCAAACGACAUUGGCAGAGCCUUUGAUGAGCGAUGGCAUCCCGAUUCAGCAGCCCCAUCUCCCAGGGGGGGAUUUCUAUCCCACUCAAGUUUUCAAAGACGAAGCACCAUUGGAAGAACCGGGAAUGAUGACAAACCAACACCUUAUGUCCAAGAAUCUUUCCCAAGUUGAAUAUGACUCAGGUCCAAAUCUUAUUGACACAUCUGCUCUUACUCACCACGGCCUGACCCCUGCCGAUGGCGUUUCACAGUAUGGGAUGCUUAUCAGCGGGCAGAACGGCGAAGAGGCUGGACAGAAUGGGUGGUCUCUCAUUGAUCAACAUCCCAAUUUUGAGAUUUUACUCCCUAACCAGCGAGGUGGAAAGCGAGGCCCAUUCAAGGAUCCUAAUCUUCGUGAACAAACUGCUCAAACCCGAAAAAUCGGUUCGUGCAUCAGAUGUAGAAUGCAAAGAAUACGCUGUGAAAACAACCCAGAAGAAGAGGGAGGACCAUGCUUGACGUGCAAGAAAGUCUCCAACUCGAGGGCAGGCCGCUUUCCGUGUCUCAGAUACAAGAUCACAGAUAUCCGACUCUUCAAGCCUGGUCAGGUUCCCGGUUAUGAAUGGACGCGAAGAUGGACCAACAAUAUUUCAGACCCGAUACAGAGUUGGGCGACUGAAGAGCCGAGAAUCAUUUAUCUCUCCGGGGGUCUUUCGAACAAAUUCGUCAAGGUCAAGGUCCAACGUUUCAUUCCCCAAGCUGGCGACAAGCUGGAACGCACAUGGGAUUAUAAGGGGGUCAAGAAGUCGGUGUCAAUCCCUCCCUAUGCUAUGAUAAACCUCGAGGAAGUGAAGAGUGAAUAUCUGAGCCAUAUCGAAAACACCAUGCAGGACGCUUUCACCAAAUUGCUUGGCCCUCCUGAAGGUCUCCUGUUCCGAACUUACUUGCGUGCCUGGAAGAUUUUCAAAGAUCCAACCACCUUGCCCGAGUGCGCAGACCUAAUCCAUCAGACUCUGCUGUUAUGGAUGUCGAUCCGUUUGACAACACGAUCGAGCUUCAUUGUAGGAGAGGAGACCUUGGGUAUGAAGAGGAACAUUCUGGAUGAGACUAAUCCGAAUCAUGGCAACAUUCCUCUCCCACCAGUUCUCGGGGCCCAAAUGGAUCUCAUCCUGAUCCAUCAUAUUCAGACCAAACUGCGAAGAGAGCUGCUAGACAAAUUGCAGAAGAUGAUGUCCAAGAACAAGCAAAGCACAUGGCUGGUUACAUACCUCGUGAUCUUCAUUCUUUUGCAUAACACGGCUCUCAUCACGGCGCACGACGCUGGAUACGCGAAGAAGCACGGCAUGAAGCGACGAUUUGCGCGUGAAGAGAAAGUCAAAGAAUAUCAUCUAGGGGCGAACAUUCUGCUUGCGCAUUUCCAUUACUGCAACAAGGGCAUUUACCCCUUCUCUGAAGAUUGCAAAGACCAAGAUCUGCGAACUCUGGCAGGCUUGGACGAAGAGAAGAUCAAGUUCGUGCACAACACAAGCAACUUGGCUAGACGAUAUGGUGAGUUCAUCAACACCUUGUUCUGA